AUGUCUGUCAUCACGCUCCGGAGCGUGGAUCUCAGCGACUUUAUGGACAGAGGGCCUGCAUUCGUAAUGCCUGCCUGCAUCACGACUGGCAUGAAGCUGGAAUGGGCAGAGCCUGUGGAUGCUGACGAAGAGGACUUCGAGGAAGAAGAGGGGGAAGAUGAAGAAGAGGAGGAGGAAGAAGCAGAGGAGGAAGGAGGGGUAGAGGGGGAUGAAGGUGAUGAGGAAGAGGAGGAGGAGUACGAGGAGGAGGGAGCGGCCGCUGGGGGGGAGGAGGGAGAUGAUGACGAGGAUGAUGAUGACGAGGACGAUGUGGAGGGGGACAACCAGGAGUAUGUGGACGAGGAAGACGACGAGGAAGAAGAGGAAGAUGAUGAGGAGGAUGGGAAUGACGAGGAAGUGUUGGGGACUGCUUACCUUGCCGGCCAGGGUCCCCCCAUCGAGGAUGAUGAGGAGGACUAUGACGGGGAGGACCCCCCGGCAAGCGAAGACAUUGAAGACGAGGAAGAUGAUGACGAGGAGGAGGAAGCCACCGCGCGCCCACAGAAGCGGAAACGGUACGACGAGGAGGAAGAGGAGGAGGAGGAUGACGAGGGCGAUGACGAGGAUGAUGAGUAAUCGGAUGAUGAGUAAUCGCCCCCAUCGUGCCAUGCGCAUCAGCACAGCAGCCGGGCUCCUCUGGGCGGCUGGGCUUGUUCCAGAAAUCAAUACCUGACAGCCUCUGGUGCAUGCAACUCAGCAUAACAAGGCUCGCUGGCGAGAGUGUGAUCAGCUGGCACGUGCUGACAGCCGACAGUGCCCUCUCUAGCCCUGACUGUCUUGCUUGGGCCAUUGGGGUUGCUCUCUGAUCACCUAAAGCUGUCAGCGGCCUUUUGCGAUGUGAAUAUAGGCUGCAGCAGUCAUGCAUGCGGUGUUCAGGACACUGCAUCAAGAGCCCCUGCAGCUGUUGGCGGUUGCAAUUACUUUGACAGAGCUACUUUUGAGGCUUUGACCAGGGAUCGGUUGAGAUUGGUGCAACGCUGCGGCUUGUACGCUUCAUCUCAGAUUUGACAUUUCUCCAAUGCACCUAGGUGGUUAAAUGCAGCUUGGGGAAGAUACAAUAAUUUGUUUUGAGUUCAGGGUUGCUGCACACGCUACGGUAUCAGAUCAAUAGACAGGUCAAAGCGAUUUUGUGAAUGUAGUUGCGACUCGUCUGCUCCUUAAUCGAAGAGAGUGUCACCAAACAACAUGCCAGGGAGACUGGGGACCAUAAGGCAUGCUUUGCCAAUGACCUCUUUAAGAAGGACAGAGUUUAC